UGGGGCAGUCCCAGGGUGUGGGCGACCUGGGCGGGGUUCUGCUGUGGUCAAAGACCAGUAAGAUAAACCUCGUCAACUCGUGAUUUUAUUACAGACACAUGCAGCAGCAGCAGCAGCAGUGUCUGAAGAGUCAGAAUUUUCUUUGAGAGGAUGAACUUGACGCCUGAGAGCCACUCCAUCCCCCUGAGUGAUGGGAACAGCAUACCUCUGAUAGGACUGGGGACUUACGGGGAUCCCCAAAAUAUAAUAUGUGUUUUUUCCUCCUCUGGAAAGACCCCUAAAGGAACUUCUUAUGAAUCAGUCAAACUGGCUAUUGAAACAGGAUACAGACACAUUGAUGGGGCUCUGGUCUAUUUCAACGAGCAUGAGGUGGGACAAGCAAUAAGGGACAAAAUAGCAGAUGGGACUGUGAAGAGAGAGGACAUCUUCUACUGUGGAAAGCUAUGGAACACAUUCCACCCUCCAGAACUGGUUCGUCCUGCUCUGGAGAAAACCCUGCAGACCUUACAGCUGGAUUACGUCGACCUCUAUAUUGUAGAAAUGCCCACUGCCUUCAAGCCAGGAGAUACUUUCUACCCCAAAGAUGAGAAUGGGAAGUACAUAUAUCAUGAGACAGACCUCUGUGCUACAUGGGAGGCUUUGGAGGCUUGCAAAGACGCCGGACUGGUAAAAUCUCUCGGCGUAUCCAACUUCAACAAGCGACAACUGGAAUUGAUUUUUAACAAACCUGGGCUGAAACACAAACCAGUAUCAAACCAGGUUGAAUGCCAUCCCUAUUUCACUCAGCCAAAGUUGCUUGAAUACUGCCGGCAGCACAAUAUUGUCAUUGUGGGAUACAGCCCCUUGGGGACAAGUAGAGAUCCAUCCUGGGUGAAUCUUAAAUGCCCUCCGCUGUUGGACGAUGAGCUGCUGGUAUCGGUCGCUAAAAAGUACAAGAAGACCACAGCCCAGGUGGCCCUGAGGUUCAACGUGCAGAGGGGAGUGAUCGUCAUCCCCAAGAGCUUCAACCCUGUUCGUAUAAAGGAAAACUUUCAGAUAUUCGACUUCUCUCUCUCUGAGGAUGAGAUGAAGGCAAUUGAGGGGUUGAACAAGAAUAUUCGCUUUGUGGAGCUCCUCAUGUGGGCAGAUCAUCCAGAGUAUCCAUUUCACGAUGAAUACUAAACACUACAGAUGUCAAGACUUCACCUCAAUUUGACCAAAUAUGUUGGCUUGCUUUUGCAACAUUUUAUUUUGAAAGCACUAUUUACUUAAUAUUUCUGUAGUUUACUACAAGUAUGAUUAAUGUGAUCUUUUUUUAUAACAGGAAAUGUGAUUAUUUAAAUUAAGUCUUGUUAAUUUGUUGUUUUUUUUUAAAUUCAGCUUUUUAAUUUUAAAAUUACGCGUACUGUACUUUUUUAUUCAUAAGCUUUUGUGACUGAUUAAAAGAUUUUAAA